UUUAAAAUUUUUUUUAAUGGCGACCGUUCUUGACUGGAGUCUGGAGUUGAGCUGUUGAGGAGUUCUGUGGUGCCGUGGACAGACACAUAAGAUAACGUGAGAACUGAGAACUUUACAGACAGGAAUAAAAGAAGUUACAUCACAAGACUUCGACGAGAAGGAUUGAAAUAGUUUUUUCGUUUUGGGUUCUUCAAGUUCCCCUUGAUCUGCUAGAAAACCACUUCUUGACGAAGUACAUUAUUCUCGAUGUGAUCAAUACAUACUGAUUAAAACUAUCAAUUUAAAGGCCAAUUCAUACAUCCAGAAAAUGUCCAUGAACCAAAUCAAGAAAGAAGUUCAGGAUGGUGAAGAUGAGAUGGAGGUGUCUUUUCCAAAAAUGAAAAAGGCUUAUGCUGACUUUCUAAUUGACCGGCCUUUCAACCCUAUUAGUCAAACCAUGCAGGAGAAUAAUGAAGACACCUUAACCUUAAUGAACUGUUUGCGUUAUCGUCUCCGCUUAACAUUGGAUUCGAUGAAACCUAACAAACAGAAUGGCGGAAUGGAUACCAAUUUCAGCGACUUAGAAGCUCUCCUAUCUUGUGAUCAGCUUUCUGUGGAGAGUUCUUCUAAAAAGAGCUUGUACGAUACUUUGCUGAAGCUUAUCGACGAAUUUGACGCAGCUGGCGCUGCUGAGAUUUUUCGUCUGUUGCUGGAGAGGAGAACUGCCAUACCUUUGUUCGUGCCCGACUCUAGGAAACAUCAUUUGGAAGUGCUGAGACACAUCACCUUGCCCUGGAUUGAAAACAUCCGUUUAGGUGAAGACUUGUCCUUGAUGCGCGUCGCUGUGAUUUCUUGUCGACCGAAGAACGAGAGUCAAACGUGCAACAUAAUGAAGAAUCUCUUCAACAUCGAAAGCAUUUAUCGUCACGAUUUAUCUACCAGCACGGUGUCCUCAAAUAGCGUGUUGGCGGAAAUCGGUUGCGGCUGCAUGUUGAUGGAAGGAUCUAGCUCUGAAGUUCAUCACGUCUUGGUUACGCACAUCAUUGGUGAUUUCAAACCGUUGUGGCCAUUUAUUCAAGAAUUCGCCGACUUCUUGAUUGUUGAAGCUUCUACCGAAGACCAUGGGAAUUCAUCUCCUUCCAUUCGAGCAGUACAAGACAUUCAGGAAACCUAUGCCAAAAACUUUUAUCUUAAGUUGGAUGCAUUCACAUGCAUUUGGAAACCUUCACUCCGAGAGACGACGCGCCCUCAAAUAAAGGAAGUAAACGGAUUUCAUCGACUCUUUAUAGACGGCCAGCUUUCCGACAAAGUUCUCAACAUCUUGCGAUCGAGUGUUAAAAUAACCAUCAAUAAACUAACAGGACAAUGUAACGCAGCCAAAGAACGACUGAUGUUGUGCCAAAUUCCCAUUUUGUUUCGAGAAGAAUACGGCGCUUUGGAAUGCGUAUCCCCGACAGAAAUCAAAUCAAGCAUUACCAAAUCCGUCCAGGACUUGGGGAAAGUGAAGAAAACUGAAUUUCUCUUACAGAAAAAUUACCGGCAACAAGCCAAGCAUGAAGAGGCCAAAUCGGAGCACUGCUUGAACGAAGAAAAGUUACGCGAAGAAGACGACAAGAUAAAAAGUUGUCGUGAAUUGCGCCGAGCUGACGCCUGUCUCGUGCAAAACCACCCGUUGUUGCAACUGUUUCUUAGUCUUCUCGCCUAUGAGGAUUCGUGCUCUCGCGUUUUGUCUGUCCGUGUAUUGGAGAAGGAGCUGGCUGAACGAAGUGAACGAGAACUCGGCCCUCUAUUGGAAGAAAUUCGCAAAUUGUCCGCGUCAUUCUUCGAUCAAUCAAGUAAAGAAGCGAAUAAUAAUAAUGCGACUGAAAAACAUGUGUUGAAGUUAACAAGAGAGAACCUCCAUCGAGCUAAAACCAACUUUAUCGACAGUGCCCUCAGCAUCGAACACAUCUGGAGGGAACUUAGUCAUCUGUACACGUCCAUGAAACCAGAAAAUCGUUCUUUGACAAUUAGGAGCAUUCCUCGUCUGGCUGCCCAGCACUUACUGGACGGCUUCUGUCUAGAACUGCUCGAUGGUGACUCCAACAUGAUUCACAUGGAAUGGGUGACGGAAGUUUUGCACGAACUUGGAAAGUUGAUCGGAAAAUUGAAACGAGAGCGCAUUUUCGUACUGUCCGUCAUGGGUAUUCAGAGCAGCGGCAAAUCGACAUUGUUAAACACCAUGUUCGGCAUCCAAAUGCGAACCAGCGUUGGAAUGUGCACCCGUGGCGUCAACAUGCAAUUACUGGCCGUCGAGGGUCGUCCCGAAUACGACUAUAUUUUGUUACUGGAUACGGAAGGUACUCGAGCGCCUGAAUAUCACGGCCUGCCCGGAAGAGAAAAGCGCGACAAUCAGAUGGCAACUUUGAGUAUUUUGUUGUCGGACGCCACCAUUAUCGUCACUCAGGGGGAGAACGACGACGCCAUCAAAGAAAUUCUGCCAAUUGUUAUGAUGGCCUAUCAAGGAUCAAAACUGGCCGAGGACAACGGAGGCCGACUCAGCUCUAGAAUGUUUUUUGUUUACAACAGGAUCGAAACUAGGCAGAAACACAAGUUGUACGGUAUCAUCCAAACACUUGGAACUUCACUGAACGAUGCAUUCCACCAAGUUCGGAAAUUAACUGGCGAUCUGUCGCAUCUAAAAUCUCAGAGUCCAUUUGGUAAUUUCAAGCUCGACACGUCCAACUCAACUGAUAGCGACGUCUGUAUCCUGAGCAACGUUAAGAAGGAAUCCAAACCUCCUGGCGACGUGCCAGAUGAAGCUUACGGCGAAGGGCUCAUUCAGUUUCGGGAGCAUAUCCAUCGACGCGUGAUUCAUAACGAAGACGGAUCAACUUGGAAAAGCAGAUCCAUCGAUGAGUUUUCCAGGUACAUCAAAGAUGUCUGGAGGUGCAUUUGUUCGGCAAAUUUCACCUUCAAUUUUGCCACAGUGACAGAACGCAUCACUUUCGACAUCUUGGAUGUUGCCUACAAGAAGGUUGAACAAAAACUAGCUGAAGUUUACCUUAAAUCCUUCACAAGCAUCAAGAAGAAGAUGAUUGAAGAAAAAGGCAAAACGAUGGGAAAUGGCGGCUUUAGCAACACUGAUCUCUUUCCUAUGUUCGUAGACAAGCUGCGCGAGGAAAUCCUGCCGACUGAACAGAUUUUAGACAAGGAGGUGAAAGAUAUCGUGGAGGAAAAAGGUCGCGAAAAAUGGAGUCUGCAGUUUCAAGAAUUAUGGAGAAUGAACAAAAUAGAACAAUCCAGAAACUGGACGUGCAACUUGAAAAGCAGCUACGUUACCUUGUUUAGCUACGAGCAUCACGUGGAAAAUUACAAAAAGAAAAUUCGCCAAGAAAUCAACGAAUUGUUCAAAACGGCAAGUUCAAACGCUUCUCAGUGGACCGACUUGAAGAAGAAUGAAAAGUUUGAAAAGAUUUUCAACGACGUUGUGGACGAGGCUCAGCAGCAGUUCCCUCCAAAAGACAUUGGAGCUAAAAUCAAAAAAGUCUAUCAAAACAGCAACGUGAUCCGGACAAGAAAAAUUGAAAUAAUGAACAUCGAAAAAGAAAACUUGGGGAUGGCUAAAGAGCAUCCGACAUCGUCCGUUGUCUCGAAUCCGUCCGUGUUGGCAAGUGUGUGGAAUAAAUGUUCGAAGCUGUACUCGAAAGUGAUUGGAAAAGUGACAAACAAAAAUGCCAUCGAUUUGUGUCUCGAAGAUGUUUUCACCACCGUCAACCGGAUCGCUGCUGGCAAGCAAUGCUAUGACGAUACCAUCGUUUCUAGUGUUAUCUGUGAUGUGGAUGAAACCAUUACAUCGUACAAUAUCGCCGACAACUCGGAGGUUCAAAUGAUGCACAGCUACGGUCUUAGGCUGAUUGUCGAUCUGAUGGAAAGCAUUGAAGCAGAAUGGGAGGCUGAAAACUCGGUCUACGCCAAACUCAAGUCCAACAAAGACAGCAUGCAUGAGUACUUUGUUAUGGUUUCACAUGGCGUAGAAAAGACGAAGCUGUUCACCGCCAAUAUGGCAAACACGUUAAUUCGUAACGUUUGUCUGGCUUUCGAAAAGGAAAUGAUUCAAAGCACGUUGAAAAGAAUUCGUAACGAGCGGUGGCUGUACGACGCCAGAUUCAUGUCCAAAUAUAUGGAUCUCUAUUUAAUCGAACAGCUGGAGGAGGAUAAAAUUUCCAAAGCGCUUGACUACAUCAGGAAACCUAAAGUUUUUUACGAAGACGUGCUUUACCGACUCAUUGCUGAAAAAAUUUCUAACGCCCAAGAAGAAUGGCGAGGUUUCAUUGGCCAUUUAACACAAGCUAUCAGUAAUGCGGCUUUAGCUACGUUGUCAGUUGACCGAGGAAAGGCGCAGAAAUUUAUCGAACAGCUCCGAAUCGAAUUUUUGAAAGGCUACCUGCAGAGUGAAUACCUGGCUUCCAAAUUUCUGAUUGAUUACAGUGGUGAGUACGACGACUGUGACAACGAAGAGAAGGAAGAAUUUCAGAAAACUUGCUCGAGCAAAAUGAUUCAAAUGCUUCGAGAUCUUAAGCCUCCGAAAAACCAAAAGGAAUUCGCCAAAGAACUCAGCCCAAAAGUAGUUUUACUCAUGAGGACUUCCAACGAUCCUGCAGCUCUUCCACGUUGCGAUGCUUAUUGCCGGAUGUGUAAGAGUUUGUGUAUCCAGUCGGCCAAUCAUGAUACCGAAUUAAGACCUCAUGACGCGAUCCAUCAACCUGGAGGUAUUUCUGGAUAUUGUCGUCGCUACACACUUGAAUUAAUAUCUGAUACGUGCAAUCAAUCAUACGAAAAAGAUUGUGGAUUUUAUCUCGACGGGAAUUAUGAUGUCUCUUACAAAUUCAAAGAAUUUUCCAAAGUUUUUCCUGGGUGGAGGAAUCCUCGGAUCGCCGAAGAAAUGCCCUUGAGGGAAUACAUUUUUGCAAUGUACAACAAAGAAAUAGCUAAGAUGUACAACGUUUAUCCUUGCACUAAAAUUCCGGAAAAAUACUUUCGAGAUUUGUUCACCAUCAAGAAGCAACUCAAAAGGGAUAUUGGACUUUAGAAUUGCUGUUGGAACGUCGUCCAUCAUCAUCGAGGAUAUCGUGUUUACAUUUUUCCCAUUAAUAAUGUUUUAAAUGUGAAUUUUUGUUAUUGUAGGGAUUGAAGAAAAUCAAUACAAAGUUUCAGCACUUCA